AUGACGGACUCCUUUUCCCGGGCCUCAUACAAGUCCAAAACUCUCAGCAUUAAUGUCCCCAAGUCAGAGGAGAAGUCCCUUCUUCAGAAGCGUGCCAAGUUAGGUGGCUGCAGUGGCGAUAAAGCCCAAACAGUAAAGGACAGCAUCGUAUGCGCCGCAAAAAUUGCAAGUGCCGGUGCGGAUAGCGCUAAGAAGCCCUCGGAUCUCUCCAGGACGUUUUUCAAGACAGACGAAAAAUCUGCCCUGAAGCAGGUCUCAAGCCGCUUAGAAGUCAUUGCAGAGGAAGCCAAAGCUGUAGCCUCAGGAACGUUUACUACCGCACACCAUCGCCAUCGUGUGCUGAUGGAUCGACCGCCUACUCUCAAUAUGAUUGUAUUGGCGGCAGCAGUACUCCAACCAAUGUCAGAGUCUAUAGCUGUUCUGCUUUUUGGUCGGUUCCUAAGGUUACUACUACAUGAUGGAAUCUUGAUCAAGCCGCUAUCGCUAUACAUGAAUAUUUACAUGAAAUGUGGGCCAAUCCUGGAGGUGGUGAACGAGAGACGAGAAUCGAGAAGCUCGAGUCGGCGACCAAGGCUUAGGUCCGGGAUGUACAUUUGUAGCGGACCGGAACACCUGCAUGUUAUCGACUCUAAUCGGGGCUUUGAAAGAUCGCAGUCCAUCACACGCGAGCACUUCCAAGGCGUCCUGCAACGCGUCUCGGGCACUGAUGUCGUCGUCGAGGCGCUUCAUCAGACUUCGUCAUUCACCGAUUGCUCGAAGCAAGCCACGGAAUAUCGCAGAGGACGAAUUCUACUGGCCGGUGAUAGGGCCCACAUCCAACCCCCAUUAGGCGCGCAAGGACUGAGUACCGGGAUCGGCGAUGCGAUGAAUCUUGGCUGGAAGCCAGCAGCGACGGUCAAGGGGCAGGCCUCCCCGCGGCUACUCGACACCUAUCACCAAGAGCGGCAUCCAGAGGAUGCUGAGGUGCUCGACUGGACUCGUGCUCAGGAGGUCAUAUUACGCCCGGAUUCUCAUGGCCGGGCCGUUGCCAAUAUCAUCUAG